AUGAAACUUCUCGCCUGUCUUUUGCUCGCCGCCUGCGUUUUCGAAUGCUCUGCUUAUAUGCAAAAUGUCACCGUCAAAGGAGUUGCUCACUGGUCCUGGGAGGUUGACCAAAAAUUGACCAAAUUUUGGCCAAAAACGAAAAUUGGUCGAAUUUUGACCAAAAAUUGAUCAAAAAUAUUUAUUGGCCAAAAUAUGGUCAGAAAUUGGCCAAAAAAUUGGUCGAAAUUUGGCCAAAAAUCAGUGAAAAUUUUAAUUGUGAAAAAUUUCGAAAAUCUUAAUGUUGUUGGGCAGACAUGUCGUUUUGCGGCUUUUGGUGAAGUUAGGUUGAUGAAUUUCGUUGUUUUUCUACUGAUGAAUCAAUAAAUAGGAGUAAAAUACUUCGUUUGGUGAAUUUUGGCGCCACUCACACCAAUUUCACCAUUGGCGCAAAUUUAAGCCCCAAAUCUUCACCUAAAAUCAGUUUUGACUUAUCUUGGAGCUAUUUUUACCAAGCAGAGACCUAUCUCGAAUCUAUCAGUUGUAUUGAUCGAUCCUUGAUUUAUCAAGAACAAGGGCUCAGAGAAAUCAGAAGUAUUGGGUUCAGGGGCAAUAAUUUCCAUUAUUUUUUGAAAGAAUAUUGUUGUGAUAGCCAUCAGCUUCGAAAGAAAUGACACCAGUGUUCCAAAAAUCGUGCAUUUUUUCCCAAAAACGUGAACUCAAAAACUUCCACACAUAGAGAUGAUUUUUAUAUCAUUUUACUCAGCGUGAAAUUCUGUAUCGAAUGGUGCAAACUAUUUAUCACCAAACACUACUAAUUGGUGCGCGAAAACAAUAGAUUAAAGGCGCACAUAUUUAUGCAAUGUGGUCCUGCAGCGAAAUGUGUGUGCGUACUUCUCUCGGACGAAAUGCACGCCACCAAAUUUUUUCUUUUUUUUUCGUUUUUUUGUGUGUUGCCCUACUUAUAGAGAAAUUGAUUGUUCACGACUGCUAAUAAGAUAUAAAGCUUGUUCCCCGACUAGGAUCUAGCAGCAAGUUUUACCAGAACUUUGAAAUUCACAUAUUAAACUUGAAUUUAGGCCAAAAACAAAAAUUGGUUUUCUUUGAGUUUUAGAUUUUUUAUCAGAACGGGGCUGUUUCUCAAUUUGACAAGUUUCCAGCAACAUUUGCAUGAGUUUCUAUGUUACAAUCAGAAGUGUCUCAACAGCCGGUAGACGGCCGCCGGGGUUUUAAAAUUCGAUUCUUAUCGAUCUUAUUUCGCAAUAUUGAUAUUUCUGCUGUUUUUAGAAACUACUAACCAAGAAAGAAUGACUACUGCUCUUGCUGAGACUACCAACACAAUGACCGGAGAAACCACUGUUCCAGUUGAAAAUGUCAAGACCACCACUACUGAAGAAGCAACUAGAGUCCAACUACUGCUGAAACUUCCACCGCUGCCACCAAAGAGCUUACUGCCGAGGAAAAGUCAGUUUUUUCUUCUGAAGAAUUUUAAUCAAAGUUGGUUCUCAUUUCCAGGACUACAUAAUUGAAGAACAACUUGACAUCUGGAAAGCGUCAUUUGUUGACAAGCGAAUUCAGCAUGGCUGCUGAUCUCUUGAGUUUGGCUUCUCAACUUGCGUAAGUUUUGAAAUUUUCGUACAUUUUCUAUUUCUAUGCAUUUCAGUGGUAAACUCUUCGGAGACGACAGCGAACAAUCAUUUGAACCUUACUUCUACUAUGGACAAGCUCCUUUGGAUAACUUGAAGAUCAAGUUUUCUCAAAUGCCAUGACUAAUUGCCAACCGUAGAAGAAGGUGAUGCCAACAACGAUUCAAUCGACGAGGAACAAUAUGGUAAUCCGGAUAAAUUGUCAGAAAAAGGACGUGAGCGAAUCAAGGAACAAGUUGACACUGCUCUUUCUGCUGGUGCAGAGAAAGCAGAAGUAUUAGUCGAAACUGAUGCAAUUUUUAUUGUUUGUAAGGUUCACAAACUGUUAGGAGUCUGCGAUUGCUCUGAAAUUGACUUUAUUAGGGCAAAAUUUACAUUCUUCCGAGCACAAGCCUCCAACUCUUUUCUCUAAUUAGCUAAAAAUGUUUUUCAAUGAAAAUUAAAGUUCAUAAUAUAAGCAGAUUCCUAACAGUUAGAACCAUUUUUUGUUUCUUUUUUGUUCUUUUCAAUAAAUUUUUGUGAAAAAAAUGUGUUUUUGAUUUGAAAAAAGUUGGGAAAAAUGAUCAAAAAAUGGUGAAAAAUUGGUGGGAAAAAGUUGAAAAAUUGACCAAAAAAUGGUGAAAAUUUUUUUGGUGCAUUUUUGGUCAAUUUUUGUUCAAAAUUUUUUUGACCAAAAAUUGACCAAUUUUUGGUCAAACUCCCAGGACCAGUGCUGUUUGUAACAAGAAGCGUUUGGCGAAUGUGAAAGUCGAAUUGUGGGAGAAGGAUACACGUGAGUUAAGCAGUCCCAAAAAUAAGCAGUCCCAAAAAUAAGCAGUCCCAAAAAAUAAGCAGUCCCAAAAAUAAGCAGUCCCAAAAAGUUAAGCAGUCCCAAAUUUCUCUGUUUCUCUGCGUCUCUCGUUGAUUUGCAUGCAGAGAGAUAAAUAAGCAGUCCCAAAAAAUAAGCAGUCCCAAAUUUCUCUGUUUCUCUGCGUCUCUCGUUGAUUAGCAUGCAGUCUCAAAAAUAAGCAGUCCCAAAAAUAAGCAGACACAAAAAUAAGCAGUCCCAAAAAAUAAGCAGUCCCAAAAAUAAGCAGUCCCAAAUUUCUCUGUUUCUCUGCGUCUCUCGUUGAUUAGCAUGCAGAGAGAUAAAUAAGCAGUCCCAAAAAAUAAGCAGUCCCAAAUUCGUUUCAGUCGACCCAGAUGACUUGCUCGCCACAAUUCACACCAACAGCGAAGGUGAAUUCACAGUUUUCGGAGAGCAAGACGAAACUCACGCAAUUGCUCCAUAUCUCCUCAUCACUCACAAUUGCAAUGUUGAAAAACUCGUAUGUUUUUUUUCGAUUUUCUUUUGAGAAUCCUCUAAAAUCCAUUUUUUUGCAGAACUGCAACCGUAUUGGUCAAUAUGUUGUUCCAAAGGAAAAAAUCGGAGCCACUUAUGAUAUGACCUAUGUUACUUUGGACAUCAAGGUUCAUGGAGAAAAAGAAAAAUGCAAGUAA